AUGAUCUACCUGGUGUGUAUACUUUUCAAUAUAUUAUAUUUACGUGGUGAUUUUCUUAUUCUCUGUCAAUCCCAAACCUAUUGCGUGUUUUGUUUUGUUGUAUUUGCCAGCCUUCUAGUCCAAGCCUUUUUCUCUUUUUUGGGUCCCCCGUUGAAUUUUGACUUUUGGUUUUUUACUUGUUUUCUGAGUCAUCCCUUUUUUGUUUUGUAGCCCCCUCCUCAACACACAAUUCUCUCACCAAAAUCCCUCCCGAUCCAUACGAAGUUCCAGGUUAAGCGCCCCGGGUGUUUUUUUUUCUGUUUAAUUUUACAAGUCACAAAACAGACUCCUUCCCUUUAAAAUGUCACGUGUCUCGCAACGAAAAGAUUCCUUGUAUUUAUCCGGUUAAAAAUCCUCUUCCCCCUCCUUGACCACACGUUUUUUCUAAAUACUGUGUUAAUUUUAUUUUUAUUAUGAUUUUCAUGUUUUUGUUGUUGAAGUCGUUGUUAUUGUGAUGAUUUUUUCUAGAGUCAUUUUUAGAUUAAUUAUUAUGUAUCUUUAAUAUAUACAUUGCAUAUAUUAUUUAGUGUCUUAAGUACUUACCAUUAGUCAGAAAAAUCUAGCUUGAAACAUUCACACAUCCCUAAAACCUGUAAACCAUGUUCUCAGUCGCAUUUUUUGUUUUUUUUUCGUCUCGUCUUGUGUACCGGUGUUCAAAUUUUUCACACACAAAACUCCUCCUCUUUUCUUGUUUUUUUUUUCUUUUAUUCUUUCCUGAUAUUCUCAAAAAUAGUCUAACCCCGUAAUAUUAUAAUGAAACUCAGUCCCUGUUUUCUCCUUUUUCUUUGGUAAUUUUAUUGGUCUAGUUUGGGUUCCUUGUGAGUACGAUAAUGUAUAGCCCCGUUCCAUUUGUAUUUUCAAUGAUUCCUUCUUUUUUACUCUUCUCUCUAUCUUAUAUAUACGCGGUUUUUUCUUCAUUUGGAAUUUUAAUUUUUUGAAACAGAAAAAGGAUGAAUAAAUAAUUUUAUUUUGUUUUUCAAGUGUUUAUGGUUUUUUUUUUGAAAGGAAAUCUUACCAGAGGUGGUUUUCAAAUAUUUUAUAGAAAAUUUUCAGAUUUUCAUGGAAUUGGUUUUAAAAAAUGUUCUUUUUUUUUAUCGAAAACUCAAAUUUUCAAAUAGAUUACUGUAGUUUUUUCUUCGAAGAUUGAAAUUUAACAAAACUUCCUAGACUCUAUUUAUUUUAGGCUUAAAAAAAUUAGACUGAAAUAGGUUUUAAAAUGCUAAAAAUGACCAAAUACAACUCACAUUUUCAAAAAAUGGAGCCAACUUUUUCAAAAUUUAGAACUGCCAGAAUACAACAUUUCAUUUUUCAGAAAUGAAAUGUUUCCCUAGUUUUUGGAAAAUAAAUAUUUCCGCAACGUGAACUAGAAAUAGUUGACGCGUUUAAAAAACUAAGAAAUUUGCAUUUUUAAAUUUUUGUCAGCGUCUAACAAGGGAAGGAUUUAUUGGGACUAAACAUCGACGGAAUUCAACGCAAAAGUGAGAUAUUUUUGAUCUAUCAGAAAAAUUUCUAGAGAUUUGGGAUAGUAAAUCUUAUUUCUACCUUUGGGAACUCCUCAAGUGAUAAUUAUUCCGAAAAUUCUAGAUACAUAGUUAUGACGUGGCAAAAUUGACAUUGAUCCAAGAACUGCAGAUUUCCAGUAUUUAAUUUUCUUAAAGAAGUUACAGUACUCGAAAUGUCCGAUUUUCGAAUAAAAUGUCAAGUUUGCCACGUAAUAACUAGAUUUUGAUAGAAUUUAUUCGGUGAGUCCCAAAAAUUGCCAACAUUUUCUCGAAAAAUAAACAAGUGCAAGAUGGUUUUUGGUGAGAGAACAUUGUAGCCAAUUUAUUCUUGUUUAUAAAAGUAGAACAAUCCAAGGCCAUUCUUAUACUCCAUAUUGAUUUCAAUCUCAUAAAAUUCCCUUUUUCAUUUUUUUUUUCUGUCGAGUUGACAUAUUUUUCGAAAAUUCAUUUAUCAGUUUUCAUAGUUCAGUCAAAGAACAUGCAAAUCAGCAGUAUUUGCUCAUUUUUUUCUGAUUUUUAAAUUUUCUAGAUAGUUUUUUUCAGAAAGAAAACAAAUUGAAAAUGUAAUAAUUUAUGAAAUUUCAUAAGGUUCACGUUUGACUUUUAAAAAAUAAAAUAUUUUCAUUUCCAAAAAAAAAAACAUCACACAUUUUUCACAUGCAAUCACACCAUUUCAUCAGAAAUAAGGCGUUCAGCAGAACUGAUAAAAUGGCAGGUUUUUUGCUCAACCCCUCUCAUUUGUAAACAUUUUUUACCUAAAUAUUUUAUUUUUCGUACGGGUUUCAAAAAGAAACAUGACGAUUUUCUGAAUUUUCUCGAAGCGAUUGGUGUUUUGUGUACUUCUCUCGGAUGAUUUUUAUUUCAAUUGUUUUUUUCAGUUUGAAAAUGGGUCGCUAUGAUGUUGUAAUUUAUGGUGCAUCUGGUUUCACUGGUCAAUAUAUUGUUGAAUAUCUCGUGCUUUCUCCAAAAUACGAAGGAGUUCAAUUUGCAGUCGCCGGUCGUAGCGAAAAACGCCUCCGUCAAGUUUUGAGCAAUGUCGCCGAAAAAACCGGCAAAGAUUUGAGCAAUGUUCCAGUAAUUGUUGCUGAUUCAGCAGAUGUUCAAUCACUUGCCGAUAUGGCAAAACAGGCAAAUGUUGUUAUCAACGCUGUUGGACCGUAUCGUUUGUAUGGUGAAGCUGUUGUCAAAGCGGCUGUUGAGAAUGGCGCAAGUCAUGUUGAUAUUUCUGGAGAACCAGCGUGGAUUGAGAAAAUGCAGGCGAAUUAUGGCGAACUUGCAGCCAAGAAUGGUGUUUAUGUUGUAUCGGCUUGUGGAUGGGAUUCGAUUCCGGCUGACUUGGGAGUCAAUUUCCUCAAGAAUAAUUUUGGGGGAGAUUUGAAUCACGUUGAAUCAUUUGUUCAAUUGCACACCGGACCAUCGGUAAAUCAAAAAAUCCUCUCGAAAUAUCAUUAUUUUAAAAUUUAGGGAUAUUCGUUCAACGCUGGAACCUAUCAAACAUUGAUUUUGGGUCUCAAUGGAGCUGCCACUGAUAGAUUGGGAGCUGUUAGAAAACAAAUUAUGCCAGAGAGAAUUGUCAAAGGUGCUGUGAAAGUUCCAAGAAGACCGCAACUUUGGGAAAUCCGCGAGAAAGAGCUCGAUGGUUUCGCAGUUCCAUUCCCUGGAGCCGAUAAAUCAAUCAUUAAUAGAUCACAAUAUUAUGAUGCGACAUCGAGAAAUGUUCGACCAAUUCAUAUGGAAACAUAUAUCAGAUUAUCAUCAAAAUUCUGGGCAAUUCUUCUCGGUCUCUGGGUUACACUUCUCUCAGUUUUUGUCAAAUUCAACUUCACCCGCAAGAUUUUGCAAAACUAUCCAGAUCAAUGCAGUUUCUACAUGUUCAAAAAUAGCGGACCAACUAAACAACAAAUGAAAGAAGCCUCAUUUACCUAUUGGUUCUUUGGAUAUGGAUAUAAAGAUGUGAAACCAAUUGAAGAACAACAUGAAGGAAAACCAGAUCGGAAAGUUGUUGCAACUUGUAAAGGACCAGAUGCUGGAUAUAUUGCAACAAGUGGAUGUAUUUUAUCAUCAGCAUUGGCUAUUAUCAAGGAUCGCGAGCAUUUGCCACAAACGUGAGUGAUUAGAGGAGGGUUUUUACGGGAAAAAAUGGAAGAUUUUUAGCGGAGGAGUUUACACAACUGCCGCCGCUUUUGGUCAAUCAAAAAUCUACGAAUAUUUGGAAUCUUUCGGGAUUACCUAUCAAAUUGAAUCACAAACUAAUCUUUAA